AAAACAUCUGCGUCCUCCGUUUGGUGCCGCGUGGGCCGGCUCGCCGGGCGUCGAGACGGCCCCGAUGGAGCUGGAGGAGCUCCUGGAGAUUUUGACCGAGCAGCAGCGAGAGCUGCUCCAGCUGGCGGAUCAACAGCGCGAAGUCUGGGCACAAAACCUGGACGUGGCCUUCCAGCAGAUCCUGCGGCGGCACGCAGGCUCCCGCCGCACAACGAGCUUGGAAGAGAAGCUCUUGCGCGGCUCGCGGAACGGGCCUGCGCAGCCUUCGGAGUCACAGCCUUCAGAAAGUAGCAUCUCCACGGAGCUGUUCCGUGCCGCCGAGAUCCUCACGGUGAAGCCCACCUUGCAGCCGCGGGCGCCCGAAGAAGAUGAACCUCCAGGGCAGUGGCACCUGGAGGAUGUGCCCAUGUUUCCGGACACUGUGAACCGCGGGAAAGAGAGCUUGGCAGUGAGAUCAGAUAUCUCUCCCAUUGACGAGGGCACGAAGGCGACUUCCAGCAUUGGGACGGAGGAGAUACACGACUCUUCGCUUGGUCUAGGGAAACGUGACCGUGGAAUGUCGGACCAAUCCGGCAAUAUGUCGGUGGUCAUGCGAGCCUCUACGUCGCCGAACGCCAACAAUGCCUUUGUGAACAUAGUUGCACAAGGGACUGAGUUUGAAGGGACUCGUCGCUGUGCUGGUUGCUUGAAGGUGGUGUCGGCGUAUAUGGAUCAAGUGGCAUCUGUCCUUGUCUUCCUGAAUGCGGUCGUGAUGUUGUUGGACUUCGAGAUGAGUGGCCGAGCGACGGGGUCCUUGCUGGGCAUGAACGAUGGGCCCUACUGGACCUCGCAGGGCCUCUUCCGGGCACUAGGCAUCACCUUUGACGUGCUCUUCACCGUGGAGUUGGCACUUCGCAUUGCCAUCGAGGGCUACGGCUUCGUGAAGGAUGCGGCCAACCUUUUUGAUAGUGUGCUGGUCACAGCCGGCUUGGCGGAGCACUUCCUGCUCUUGAUCAUUCCAGAAGAACCGGUGGGCUCACAGCUGAUGCGUGCGUUGAGUUCCAUCCGGGCCGUGCGGAUGUUGCGCGCCUUUCGCUUCUCACAAGGGCUGAAGCUGUUGCUGAACGCAUGCCAGUCCUUCAUUACUUCCUUAUGCUGGUCCAUGGUCCUGCUGGGCGUGGUGAUGGUGGUCGCGUCCCUGAUCAUCGGGAAUCUUCUCCAGGAUUACUUGCGGAAUGAGGAGGUGAGUUUGGAAGACCGGGAAAAGAUCUGGCGCUUUUACGGCACCGCCUAUCGCUCCUGGUACACCUUGUAUGAGAUAACUUUUGCAGGCAACUGGCCGACCAUGGCGCGACCGGUGUUGGACAAGGUGAAUCAUGGUUUUGUCGUCUUCUUCGUGCUCUAUAUCACGAUCAUCGUGUUCGCGCUCAUCAGAGUCAUUACGGCGGUGUUCUUGAAGGAUACGCUCGACGCAGCCAACAAUGACGCAGAGCUCCGGAUGGCUGAAGGCUUGCGGAAGAAGGCGGAAUACGUCGAGAAGUUGGAAGGCAUUUUCCAAGCGAUCGAUGACACAGGUGAUGGCAUGAUCACGGAAGAGAGACUCACGUUUAUUUUGGAUAAUCCCAAAGUCAAGGCCUACUUCCAAACCUUGGACGUCGACGUGCACGAAGGUGCCGCUCUCUUCCACAUUUUGGAUGACGGAGACGGCGAAUGCACGUUGGAGGAGUUCAUCGGUGGAAUCUUGCGCUGCAAGGGCCCCGCACGCGCCAUCGACCAGGUUGCCAUGAUGGCAGACUUGCGACAGUUAGACAAGAAGUUAUCCAAGUUGAUUCAAGGACUUCACGACGCGCAGAUUGUCGUGAUUAACGAGAGUGGAGAGAUGCCCCGGCCAAUCUCCAAGUCCGCGAGCAAUUCGCAGCAUUCCUCCACGAGCAUGGAGGUGACGAAGACGCAGAGCCGCCGACGGGCGUCCGAAGCGGCGCAGAGCUUUCUUUACAAAACCUCGAUGCUUCCGAAGCUGAAGCAUGCGGGGACCGCUUCGUUGGGUGCAGAGGAGACCUUCGUGAUGUAGGUGGCCCACGUGUUUCAAGAUGCGGUUGACUUGCCAAUUGUUUUGCGCAAGUUUGUGGAGUUGUGAAUCGGUCGGGGUGACCAACUGGCAAGACAUGC